AUGAAUGACCAGUACCACCGAGCGGCCCGGGACGGCUACCUGGACCUCCUGAAGGAAGCCACCAAGAAGGACCUGAACUCUCCGGACGAGGAUGGCAUGACCCCGACCCUCUGGGCUGCCUACCACGGCAACCUGGACGCCCUGCGCCUCAUCGUCAGCAGAGGGGGUGAUCCAGACAAAUGUGACAUCUGGGGGAACACUCCUCUCCACCUGGCAGCAGCCAACGGCCACCUGAACUGCCUUUCCUUCCUCAUCUCUUUUGGGGCCAACAUCUGGUGCCUGGACAAUGACUAUCACACCCCGCUGGACAUGGCAGCCAUGAAGGGGCACAUGGAGUGUGUGAGAUACUUGGACUCUAUAGCUGCCAAGCAGAGCAGCCUCAACCCCAAGCUGGUGAGCAAGCUGAAGGACAAGGCCUUUAGGGACGCGGAGAGGAGGAUUAAGGACUGUGUGAAGCUGCAGAAGAAGCACCACGAAAGGAUGGAGAAACGGUACAGAAAGGAGAUGUCUGACAAUUCAGACACCAUGAGCUUCUCCAGCUAUUCCAGCAGCACCUUAAGCAAGAAGUUCCAACACAUGUCUCUGGUGACUUCGCUGCCAUACUCCCAAGCCACCAUCCACGGCACAGCCAAGGGAAAGACCAAAAUACAGAAGAAGCUGGAGAAGAAGAAGCAGGUGGACGGGACGUUCAAGAUCUACGAGGAGGGGAGGAAGAGCGUGAGGUCCCUGUCUGGGCUGCAGCUGGGCAACGACGUCAUGUUUGUGAAGCAAGGCACGUACGCCAGCCCCAAGGAGUGGACCCGCCGCAACAUCAGGGACAUGUUCCUCACGGAGGAAGACACCGUCUCCCGUGCCAUAAGCGACCCGGGUUUGCACAUGGACUCGGCCCACUCCGAGGUCAGCACCGAUUCUGGCCACGACUCCUUGUUCAACCGCCCUGGGCUGGGCACCAUGGUGUUCCGGCGCAACUACGUCAGCAGCGGGCUGUUCGGGGUGGGCCGCGAGGACGCGGCGGAGGACGGCGCCCAGGGCGGUGGCGUCAGGCUGCGGAGCCGCCUGCAGCGCUCGCCAAGUCUCGACGACAGCAUCGGCAGUGCCAACAGCCUGCAGGAGAGGAACGCGGAGGAGCUGCCCUGGGACGAGGUGGAGCUGGGCUUAGAUGACGAUGAUGAACCGGACACCAGCCCCUUAGAGACCUUUCUGGCUUCCCUGCACAUGUUUGAGUUCGUCUCUAUCUUGAAGAAGGAAAAGAUUGACUUGGAGGCCCUCAUGCUGUGUUCAGAUCAUGACUUGAAGAGCAUCAAUAUCCCCUUGGGCCCCAGGAAAAAGAUUGUGGAUGCCGUCCAGAGGAGAAGGCAAACUCUGGAGAAGCCAGAUGUCAUUGUAGACACUGAGCUGUAA